AGAGUUGCUCUUCGUGAGAAAUGAAAGCUACAGAACUGCGAUGGUGGGAGGAUUAAUGUGGAGCGAUCCUUUAUAAACGGCAGACCCAACCUGCAUCAUUCAUUGCGUUUCAGAGGAACUGACGAGCAACUACUCUGAGAUGACUCAGCAACAAACACAAGAAGGAUGAGUGGGAAGACAAGAAAUCAAACCCGGAGGUCCUUUGGGGCAACAGCACCAACCUUCAUUGACUACCUGAAAGGUAUUCUUCGUCGAUAUCCUGAUGGUGGGCAAAUUUUGAAGGAGCUGAUUCAAAAUGCUGACGAUGCUCAAGCAACGGAGGUGAUUUUCAUCCACGAUGAGAGGAGCUAUGGUACUGAGAGUCUUUGGAGUGACAAUCUUGGACAAUACCAAGGUCCGGCUCUUUAUGCUUACAACAAUGCGGUGUUCACUGGUGAAGACUGGGAAAGAAUUCAAAAGGCUGGAAGAAGCGGCAAAAUCAACGACCCCAACAAAAUCGGGAGGUUUGGAAUUGGGUUCAACUCUGUUUACCACAUAACAGAUGUGCCCAGUAUUUUCAGCUCAGGACACCUUGGAUUGAUGGACCCGCAAGAACAAAUAUUUGGUGAUAAGGGGUUUUGGUGGUUUCUGGAUGAACCUGAUGACAAAGAAGCUUUGAUGACGAUGCAUGACCAGUUCCAACCCUACAGAGACAUAGUUUCACUUCUCGGCAAACAAGAAUGGUCCCAAAUCAUUGGGAAUCAGUACUUCUCUGGGACACUUUUCAGGUUCCCAUUACGCAACAAGGCAUCAGAGAUUUCAGACAAUCUGUAUGAUUCAGAUAAGGUGGUGGAGCUUUUUGAUAGCUUCGUCGCAGAUGCAGAUUUAAGCCUCCUCUUUUUGAAAAGUGUGAGCUCGGUGUCCUUGAUCCAUGUUAGUGAGGAUGGUACUGUUAACACCAGACUUGAAGUGAAAUCCUCAGAACCAAUAGAAGGUCUUCUGAAACAAGAAGAUAAGUCAGAUGUUGAAGGUUUGACAAAGUUCAGAUUGAUAACUGAAAGUUCAGAGGAGCACAAAGAAACAAAAUGGCUUGUAACAACAUGCACCAUGAAAGAGAGUAAGGUGCCAAACCUUGAUCGUCUUGCAAAAAAGUUGAGUUUUUUACCCAGAGUAGACUUGGCAUUCCCCCUUGAUGAGCAGAGAGACUGUAGUCAGGGCAGACUGAGCUGCUUUCUCCCUCUGCCAAACAAUGAAUCCAACAAGACCGGUCUCCCAGUUUAUGUUAACGCCUGCUUUGGCCUGACGGACAACAGAAGGCACAUCAAGUGGGAAGAAGAAGACCAGAAACAUGACGAGCAUGCCUUGUGGAAUGAAUUGCUGGUGAAGGAGGUGCUCCCACAAGCAUAUGUGAAGAUCAUUCAAGAUGCCAUCAAACUUUGUCAACAAAGUGCUCUUUCUGUGUCUUCUGUGUACAACCUGUGGCCUGAUGUUACUCAAAUGCAGCACAAGGACAAAUGGCUCAAUGUCGCUGUGGAUGUUUUUCAUCACUUACUCAAUCAGAACAUGGCUGUUCUCUCUCUUGCCAGAGAUGAAACCCAGUUUAUCCCUCUAUCAGAGGCUGUGAUGCCCUGUAAUGGUCCAACAACAUCUGACACACUGUCUGCCAUUAAAAGAACUUUGGUUUCCUGUGGGGAGAAUCUUGUGAGUUUACCAGCUAAGGCAGUGAGGGCCAUUGAAGCCUAUCCACACAGUAACCCAAAGUGUGUGACUCCCAGCUUCCUCAGAAAGGUUCUCCGCAGGUCUGGUGUUCAUAACAUCAGUAAGGAAGACAAACUCUGUGUUUUGGAGUACAUACUGAGUGAUGGACAAUACAGGGAACUGGAGGGCCUUCAGCUACUUCCACUCAGUGAUGGAUCUUUCAGAUCUUUUACAAACAAAGAGGAGGACACUGCUUUGAUUGAUAACAAGGAAUUUCCAAGAAUGCUACUGCCAUACAGCAAAAACCUCUUCAUCCCGCACGAUCUAAGUUCAACCUGCAGAACCCACCUGACAGAACUGGCCAAGCUAAAACUAUUCAGAGUCAUCAACAUUGAUAAAGACCAUGUAGUGCAAUAUACAAGAAAACAUCUGCCACAGGACUGGAGGAAGACGGAGAAAAGACUUGUUACUUGGGACACCAGCAACAGUCACCAUCCACCAUUAGAUUGGCUCCAAGAAUUCUGGAGGUUUCUCAACUCUCACUACAAUGAGUUAAGUUGUUUUAAAGAAAUACCCCUGAUACCUGUCAGUCCCCUCUCUGUCAGUCAUCCUGUUUCACUUGCAAAACUACAACAGAAGACAACCCUCAUUUUUCAGAAACGAGGUGAGAACAGUUUGCCCAACCAAAUAGCUCAGCUGGUGACCAAAGCUGGUGGCACAGUGGUGAGAGGAACUGAGUGGCUUAAGCACGAAGACCUUGAAAAUUAUGUCUUAAACCCAUCUCCAAGGAGUGUCAUGAAGGUGUUGUUGAAUUUAAACUCCCAGCAAAUCAUCAGAGACAUGAAGUCUGAGUCUCAAACAUCAAGAGAAGAACUGAAAGACUAUCUCUCCCAUCUGAGUUCCCUUUCGGGUCAAGAGAAAGGUUUGCUAAUAACACUGCCUCUGUUUCAAACUAUGACAGGAUCUUGGGUCACAGCUCAAUCAAAACAAGCUUUGGUUCUAACAUCUGGUCCAGAUAUACCCUCGGAGCUGCCUGUGCCUGAUUCAGUUAUCCAGUGUGCAACUGAGGCUGAUCGCAGACUGUUACAGCUGCUGAAAGUGAAUCUCUUAGGCCCAGCUGAAGUAGGCAUUAUUCUGAUUGACAACAUCAAGAACGGUGCCUGCAGCAAUCAAGAAACCAAGAACAUAAUGACAUGGAUUUUGCAGCAUGGUGACAUCCUUUUCUCUCAAAACCAGUCCCUAAAAUACAAGUGUAAGGAAUUGAGAUUCAUUGAUGGAAAGAAAAAGGCUUCAGACUUUUUUGAUCCAAGAAUUAAAACCUUUAAAAUGAUCUUGGAGUCAGACUUCUUUCCCCCAUCUGUAUACACAGAAACACCACAGAUGCUGCAAAGCCUCACCCAUCUUGGAUUGAUAAACAAAGAGUCAGAUUUGACACCUGAGCAUUUGAUGCAUGCAACCACAAUGAUUGAAAAACAAAAAGAGAACUCUGAAACUGAGGCCCUUAAAAGAGGUCAGGUCAUCUUGGAAAUGUUGGAUGGCUAUGAUCUACUGUCAAAGUUUUCAAAUGUGCAACUUAAUAAUCUCAAGAUGACUAAAUGGGUCCCAUGUGAUCAGCCUGGUACUGAAAGACAACAUCUAUCUGACAGAUCUACAAAAAGGCGUUUCUACAGCCCAGAGGAAAUGAGACACACUGUGUAUGAAGACAUUGUUGGUGAGGUGAUGCCUCUGAUGGGGAGGCUCAGUGACAGAGUUAACACCAAGCUCGGCCUAAAACGUCUGCCUCCACCAGAGAAAGUGAUUGAGAAGCUGUCACUGCUCAAAUCAACCAUACAGGACAUGGAUGAUCCUGAUACCAAUGUGGAUUUUAAAAGAAAACUACAUAGCAUUUACAGCCACAUGCAGCAAAACAUCUCUGCAUUCGCAGAGUUGAUGGACAUAGAGCCAGACUGGCUGUGGGCCCAUGACCAGUUUGUUUCUCCUCGUGACUUGGUUCUUAACUACCCACAGGAACUGGAUCUGAGCUCCUACAUCAGGAAAGUGCCAAAUGAAUUUUUGCCAUACAAGAAGCUGCUUCAGAAGUUUGGUCUGAGAACUUCACUUUCAAAUGAAGACAUAGUUGGUAUUCUUCAUUCUAUCAAGCAAAACAUCGAAGCAAGACAACACGCAUUUGCAAGUCCGGCUGAGGUGAAAGUGUCCCUUGAGAUUCUCAACUGGUUGUGGAAAACAAAGCAAACAGUUCAGGGUGACAUCCCAGUGCCAGUCAUUACAGAAGAUGAACAGUUUACCCUUAAACCAAAAUCAGAAGCCCUCCUCUGCGAUGUAAGUAGAAAUAAACUGAAAGAACUUCAAUUUAGCGAGGAGGAAAUGUAUCUCUUACAUGAAGAAAUCCCAAUCGCAACAGCUGAAUGGUUUAAAAUAAGAUUUCUCAGUAACUACAUCCUUGCUCCAGAGUUAAUUGGCAUUGAACAGUGUGGACAAUCUGAGCCAAUAACUACGAGGAUUAAAAACAUCCUUAAAGAGUAUGAUGAAGAAGGCGACAUCUUCAAAGAGCUCAUUCAGAAUGCAGAGGAUGCUGGAGCUGAUGCCUGUAAAUUCUUGGUGGAUUUCAGAGAACAUAAAGAUCCUCCUGAAAGUCUCAUUGAUCCAGACAUGGCCCUUUGCCAGGGACCAUGUCUUUGGGCCUUUAACAAUAAGCAGUUUACCGAGGACGAUUGGAAAAAUAUUGUGAGAGUUGGCUCAGCCUCAAAGCAAGAUAAAGUAGAAAAGAUUGGAAAGUUCGGACUUGGAUUCAAUACUGUUUAUCACGUGACAGAUAUUCCCUCCAUCCUGAGUGGUAAUAAACUUCUCAUACUUGAUCCAAAUGUGACUCACCUGAGAAAGCACAUCCAGCAGAGUACAAACCCUGGAAUCAAACUGGAUCUCUCUCAAAAGAGACUUUUCCAUUGCUUUCCUGGUCUCUUUAGACCAUAUGAAAGUAUUUUUGACUGUGACUUCACCCAGAAAUGUCCUCCAGAACCCUAUGAUGGCACUCUAAUCAAACUACCUUUCCGAAGUGAAAAAGAGGCAAUGAGAUCAGAAAUUUGCAAAAAAGUGUACCACAAACAGGACAUCCUUGCCUUACAGCAAAACUUCACAAAGAACUCUCAAACUCUUCUGCUUUUUCUCAGGAAUGUCAACAUGUUGUCUCUAAAAUGUAUGUCAAACAAUAUAUCAACAUCACUGACAGAUAAAGAAAUACCAACUCUUCUAAACAUCUUUAAAACUGUUGAUGAUACAAUAAUGGUUCCACCUAAAACUGUUGUCACAAAGCAGCAACAAGCAGAGAAAUCACUGAAAGCUAAUAUUAUACGCACAAAGGUCAUUGAUAGCUCCACAGUGCAAAUUGUCCAGAUAACUAGCCAGCAUUCUGGUGAAACUGAACAACAGUUUUGGCUCAUUUACAACUGCUUUGGCACAGGUCAGUCUUUGGAAAUGGUGCUUGAGGCAAAGGAGAAAGCUGCAUACUCUUUGCCCAUUGGAGGCGUUGCUGUGCGUUUGCAACAAGAAAAAGAGUCUGGAAAAUUCUCUCCUCUACAAACUGAUCUACUGGGACAGGCAUUUUGCUUCCUUCCUCUUCCCAUUCAAACUGGUCUCCCAGUAAAUAUAAAUGGUACAUUUGCUGUGAUGAGCAACAGAAGAGGUCUGUGGGAAAGUGGAGUAAAACAUGAAUGGAACAAGGCUCUUCUAAAGGAUCCUCUGGUGACUGCAUAUGUUACUGCACUUUCGGCAUUAAAGAAAAUGUCUGAAAACAAGCAACUUGAAGCCUACUGUUAUCACACUUUUUGGCCUGAGAGAGAGAAAGUGAGUGAUACUUUCAAGCCUUUGGUGGAUGAAUUUUACUCUAACCUUGCUCAACCCUCCAGUGGUCCGGAGCUCUUUUUUGAUGGCGAACACUGGUGCUCUAUGAACAAUGCCAUCUUUCUACACCAGAGCAUUGAGCAAAAUGACAAAAUCAGUGAACUUGCUUCUCAAGUGUGUAAGAAAUAUAUAAAAGCACCAAACCGUGUUGUCCCUCUUCCACUGUGGUUAAGAAAAAGUUUCAAGCAAGCUGGCCUAGAACAGGUUUUACAAAACAGGACGUGGACCUGGGAGAAGUUCUAUCAAGAAGCAGUGUUCAAAAACCUUGGAACCAUGGACCCUAAGACCAGAGACACACUUGUGCUGCAUGCUGUUGACCUGAAUAUGAAAAAGAUUGACCAUCUACUGACAUGUUAUCCUUGCAUACCCACAACAGAUGGAAAACUCCAGUAUAUCAGGAAACUUGUCAAUCCCUCUGGAAGAGCGGCUUGUCUUUUUGAGCCAAAAGACGGACGCUUGCUGGGUGGAACCAAACAGGACUUCUGUUCACCCAAAAGGAUUCAACGUUUGUUGGAACUUGGAAUGGCAAAUGAUCAUCUUACAUUGGAGGACAUCACCCACAAAGCAUGCACGAUGGCUAAAACCUUCAGUCUAGACAAAAAGAAAGCAUAUGAGAAUGUAAAGUGCCUCCUUGAACUUAUGAAGGACCACUUGGAUAACAAAAAUUCUCCCCACUGGAAAACAUUGAGAAUGACUCAGUUUCUCCCAGCAUUUUCCCCCAGUGACAUAAUGAUGAAUAAAAACACAACGCUUCAAAAACCCACAGCUGUUUUCAGUGACAGAUCCUCUCUGCUUGUUAACAUGAUUCAUCCUGUGCUGGAUAACACAGGACUGAAAAUACACAACGCAGAUCCAGUCCUAGAUGGUUUAGGAGUACAAAAGAGUCCAGAGCCAGAGAUCGUCCUUCAACAGCUAGAAGAAGCCUGUAAGCAUUCAAAGUCAGCUGACGCAUCUAUGCUUCACAAAAUAGCAUAUGAGUGCUAUAAGUUUCUGGAUCAGUCAAUCAGUGGAUGUCAGAAUACCACCUUAAUUUCACAACGAGCCAAUUCGUUCCCUUUCAUCCUCAUUGGCAACACAUUCGUUAAUGUCAACUGUGUUGCUGAAAAUGAGGAGUUUGAAGCUGAACCAUAUCUCCAUGUACUUCCACGUGCCUUCUCUAGUUUCAGGAAUCUCUGGGAGACUGUCGGUGUUGAAAAGUUUUUCACAACCACUCAGUUUCUGUCUGUGCUUCGAAAGAUUCACUCCCAACAUGUAAACAAAGCACUGCCAAAAAAUGAUCUAUCAAUUUGCCUCACAAUUUUAACCAAAGGGAUAUUUAAGGCAGAGCAAAAACCAACUGAAGACUGUUUUGUACCAAACGAACAUGGAGUUUUACAACCCGCCAAACAACUGUUUUACAAUGACAGCCCAUGGAUGCCAGUUGCUUCGGGUAUCACACUGUGUCAUGAACAUAUCCCUCGUCCAAUGGCUAUCCACUUUGGAAUCAAAACAACCAAGCACCAUACUCUGGAAAACAUCACAGUUGAAAACUUUUCCCCCUUUUCAUUUCAUUUUGAACAGCAAGAACAACUAACUGUUCGAAUUAAAAACAUAAUUUCGGCUUAUCCAUCGAAGAAGGACAUUCUUAAAGAGCUGAUCCAGAAUGCUGAUGAUGCUGAGGCAACAGAACUUCAUUUCAUCUGGGACAAACGGCAGCAUGGCAAAGAAAAAACGUUUGGGGAACGAUGGAAUAAUCUGCAGGGUCCAGCCCUCUGUGUGUUCAACAACAAAGUGUUUUCUGAUGAUGACUUGAAAGGCAUCCAGCAGCUAGGAGAAGGAGGGAAACAAAACUUACGAGGAAAGAUAGGUAAAUAUGGAGUUGGCUUCAACUCUGUUUACCACCUUACUGACUGUCCCUCCAUUCUAACUGGAGACAAAUUACUUUGCAUUUCUGAUCCCAAUCAAAAAUACAUUGAAAAUCAUUCAGACAAACCUCCAGCGGGCAUUGGUUACAAACUAGGUAGUGGUUUCAAGGAUAUGUACACUGAUGUCUACACAUCAUUUCUUCCUGAGAAAUUCCCUCUUAAAGAAGGCACCAUGUUCAGAUUGCCUCUGAGGACAACUAUGGAAGCAAGAGGCUCGAAAAUAUCCCACCAGGAAGUAACUGAAGAUGAUAUGAAUGAACUGAUCUCUGCCCUGUCUGAAGAUCCAGAAGGACUAAUACUGUUCCUGAAAAAUAUCUGCAAGAUAAAUGUUCAUGUAAUUGAUGACAAUUCAAGAAACAUUAAGACCACCCUCGUUGUUGAAAGAACUCUGAAACAAGAAAGCAGAGUAAAAAAGGAUGUGUUUGCUGAACAACUAAAGAAUGCACUGCAGUCUAAGAAGCCAAUAACCCCAUGCAAGACCUUUUAUGACAUCUCAGUUUCCACCUCAGAUAAAAGACAAAGUGAAUGGAUUAUGGCUGAACAGUUUGGUUCACACAAAAGCAAUGAUGAACUAAAGCUAACUAACCAACUUCCUCAUGGAGCAAUUGCUGCGCGUGUGAACACAAAGUCUCAUUAUACCAGCCUGUACAGCAGUAAUGCUUUUGAAGGGGCUGUGUUCUGUUCACUUCCAUUGCCCGGAAAAACUGGACUGCCAGUCCACGUGAAUGGAAACUUUGAGGUAGAUGCAACCAGGAAAAAUCUUUGGAAAGAAGAUGGCCAAAGUGUGAAGUUAAACUGGAAUGAGAGUUUGAAACAACUAGUCAUUGCUCCACUAUAUGCAGAUCUCUUGCAUUACAUACGAACUAAAAUUAACAUAAAGAAAGCCUUCCUUGGAAGUCUUGGACAUCAAGUCAGUGAGUCAUACUUGCGUUUUUGGCCAACUAUAUCGACAAAUGUUGGUCCAGAGUGGCAUCAAAUGAUACAGGAAGUAUACAGGUCCAUGAAAGAAAAGGGUCUUGAUGUAAUUCCUGUGCUGAAGAGCUUAACUAGUAAAACUGCAAAUCAGGAAAUGAAACAGUAUUCUGUUGACUGGUGUUCCCUUACAGAAACAGAUUCUGUUAAAGCACCUUACCUUACAGACACAGAAAAUGAAAAGAUCAAUCUCAUUUUAGAAACUCUCAGGAUGAAACUUGUUCCCGCUUUCUCAAACAUGGACAACAUUUGGGAAAACAUGCAGUCAGCUGGGAUUAAAGUGCUAAAAGUCAAUCCUGCUUCUGUGCGUGCGUUUUUGCAAGCAAAGCCCCUUAACGAUCCAACCAAAACCGAUAUGGAUUUACCCUUGGCUGUGAAUGCCACUCUAAUCAGAGAUAAAAAAAGAUGCUCAGAACUGCUGGACUUUUGUUUGAAGGAUUCUGAGUUAAAGGAAAAUGAGCAGAAUGAUUUGACUUUGCUUGAUGGGCUUCCACUUCUUCUGACAAAAGAUAAGGUUUUGAGAAAGUUUAAUUCGAAAUCUCCUAAACUGAUAUCAAUUUAUGACAGGCUUUUCUUUGGCUAUGAAGAAAGAUUUGCAGAUCACACAAUCAAUGGAAAGCACCGUGUUCUGGAAACCUUUAACCUCGUCAAGAAACUGACACUUCCAAACGCCGUAGAAUACUUAAAACCAAUAAUUCAAAGACUUCUUCAAAGUUGUGCAGUUAAUCCAGACACUGGUUUGUAUCUGCCCAGUGAAGAAAUGCUGAAGUGGCUGGAAUCCCUUUGGUGGUUCAUCGUAAGUGAAAUUAAACUUGAGACAUCCAGUGCUGAUGAUGAAAGUCUGACGUUAAGGGAUGUGAGAGAACUCCUCAGUGACUGCUACAUCCUACCUGUUGUGCAUUCAAGGUUAAACAACCAGCAUCUCCUGCAAACAAUGAAAGACAUGCCAAGUAUAAUCCCAUAUGUCUCAGAAAAAGAUAUAUCAUCCAUCCUCUGCAAACUUGGUUUUUUAAAACUACAUACUCUCUUCUUUUUAAAAACGCACCCACAGUUUAAGCUAAUUCUACACCAGGAACUCAUGGAUGUGAAUGAUAAAAGCUCAGUGCUGGACCAAGUAUGUAAAAUCAACCAGUCUGAGUUUUCACGCUUGUCAAGUGGUGAUAUGAAGGCAUUUCAGAACUUCCUGCAGUCAGGAGUAUCCAUGUCCAAAACCCGUCAGGAAUAUGAGAGGAAGUUUAAAUCUUUACCAAUAUUUGAAACAACACUUGGUGAACGAGUGAGGAUUGAUGGACAUAAGGAAGUGUUUGUCCUUAACAGUAAACAUUCAGAGACAUUUCCACAUUUGUUCACCCUCUGCAACAGCAAAAACACUUUCCUGAAAUACAACUCAGAAAAUCUGGGUCUGUCAGAGAUGCUGAAGAUUAAAAUCCUGGAUGAUCUUGAGUAUUUUAUGAAGUUCAUUCUACCAUUUGUACAAAGACUCAGCGAGAAAGAGACUCUUGACUGCUUAAAGUUGUUAUUGUUAAUGGAUUGUAUGAAUUUUGAGUAUUCCAAGUACAAGGACAACAUUAUCUCCUCACUGAAGUCUGUAAAGCUCAUUUCCAGUUCCCAAGGUCAACUAGAGACUGCCUCAUACUACUAUGAUGACAGUGUUGAGCUUUAUGAGAAAAUGGCUCCCCCAGAGAAAUUUGUGCCGAAGAAAUUCUGGACAUACCUGACUGGGGGAGAUGAAUAUAAAACAGAAAAAGCAAGACAGCUGGUCAGAGAUCUAGGAAUGAAACAUGAGGUGACCAAUGAUGACAUAAUCAGGUUUGCAUACCAACUGGAAUCAGAAGCAAAAGAAACCAGAAACAUUGAAAAGUUGAAACAGAACUCAAAGCUGCUUUUCAGGGAAGCCUUGACUAAAGUGAGCAAAGACAAAGACGAAAGGUUGCUAAAGAGCAUUGCUGACAUCAAGUUCAUUUAUCCAGUUAAGAUUCGAGAAGAUCUCUGCAACUACCACCAACCAUUUGCUUCAGAGAAUACUGCUGUUCAGAUCAAAGGAGCUUUGAUUCAUGGAGAUCCUAAACAUCAGGAUUUGAUUUGGUCCUCAAUGCCAAUCAUACAUUUGCCAGUUUAUAUCUCUCAAAAUCUGCCACAAAAGAUGAAGAAUGCAGGAGCUCACCAACAACCACCUUCACAGUAUGUGACUAGAAACAUGGGAAACAUCUGUCAGUCACCAUGUAAAAGUGAGCCGUUGAUCAAAACACGUGCAGAUGUGUUUCGAUGUGCGUAUGCCUACCUGCAAGCCAAUGACUUUGAUGGACACUCAUUGUAUGGCCUUCCUGUUGUCUUAGUUGAAAAUGACACUGUGCUUUUUAAAGCUGAUGGUGUUUGUCUCUCACUUAAUCAUGAUCUUGAGUUCAGACCAUACUUAUACGAAAUUUCUUCACAAGAUGCAAUGUAUAAAGAGUUCUUUAAGAAAGUUGGUGUGAAGGAGAAAGCCACUGCAGAGCAUUACUGUAAUGUCCUGGCGGCUGUUUAUGCUGAUUCCUGUGAUAAACAACAGCUAAAUGCAAACCAGCUGAUCACGGUAAAACGAGCAGUUCAGCACUUGUUUCUCUUGAUGAAAAAUCAAGAAAACCACAUUGUCAGUGGUGAUGUUCAGACUUUGUAUCUUCCUGCAGUCGAUAGAAAGUUGCACACAUCAAGUUCACUCUACUACAACGACACAGUGUUUGAGAUCAAAAGAUUGGAAGAAGGAUUGGAGGAUAGGUUCCUGUUGCUGGAGAAACUCAGUUCAUGUCAUCUGGAGAGUGACAUCUUUGAACACCAUCGACUGGUGAAGAUGUUACCUGAGAAACUUAAGCCUAAAAUGUUAUCCCAGAUCACUGAGGAGAAAGUUGUGGAGUCAAACAUGCAGCUUUGUGAGCUUGGGAACAGUUGUGAGUUCAGUGGUUGGUUUGAUAAGCAUCUCUCCUCAGAAGCAUUCAAACAUGGACUCAUUUGUCUCCUCAGAGAACAGACCGAGGGUAAAAUGACACAAGAAGAAGCAACAGAGAUGUGCUUAAAGUUGUUUGGUAGUAUUCAGAUUGUCUGCUGUGAAUCCCUAAAAACGAUGCUGUGGCUGGAUGGAGAGCCGCUACACAAAACUGCCAGAGAAACUGAUGUUUUUGUCAAACAAGAACAACGAGGUCUUACCUUGUUCUUGAAACACAACAAUGACAUGGCUCCUAAGGUUAUAAACAAAGUUAACAUGAUUUUGACAAAGGGGAUAAAUGCUCUUUUAGACCACAAAAUUGCAUCAGUUCAUCUGCCAGUGCUUGGACAGCUUCUCAUGUGUGAUGAUCUGCAAGAUGUGCAGCAAACCUUGGCUGAUAAUGACAUCCAUGAUAGUGUUGAGACUGAAAGACAAACUCUCAAUCCACCAGACCCAGGGACAGAUAUUCCAGAUGAAUGGCAUGAUUCAUUGGACAUGAGCUUCCUGAACAACUUUGAGGAGGGGGAAUAUGUCGGAUACAGCACCAACAACACAUACAUUUAUGCAGUUAUCAUCAAAGAGCUUCCUGGACAAUCUGGAAGAUGUUCCUGGAAAUACAAGAUAGAUAUUGGAGGUGAUGAACCAGUGGAAGUUGGUCAUCUUGACCUGUACCAAUUUAAACGAGACAAGAAGAUAAAAAGAGAAGGGACAAGAAAUACGUUUUCAAUGGAGCUGGAGGUACUGGUAGGAGGUGUGCCUCAUUCCUCACAGCCCACACAAAGUUCCUUACCAGCCUCUCUUGAUGAAGCUAAAAGAGAAAUUGACAAAUGUUUGGCUGAGAUCUGGAUACUUCCUGAACAGGAGAGGAAUAAAGCCAUCAGGAGACUUUACCUUAGAUGGCAUCCUGACAAAAAUCCUGACAGCCAGUUCCUCACCACAGAGGCUUUUAAAUAUUUGCAGAAUCGAAUCGAAGAGCUCACAAAUCCAUCCAAUUCAAGCAGAACUUCAAAUUACAGAGACUUCUACCAGCAAUGGAACCAAGAGGCCAGACGUCACAGAAGUGGUCGAGAAAGAUUCUUUAGAUCUAGAGGCUUCCAUUCCUACAACUUUUGGACCCAUAACACAAACGUUCCAAGGCCAAACAGAGAGGAAGCCAGACGCUGGUAUAAACAGGCUCGCUGUGAUCUUAACGCCGCUCAUGCAGACACAAGUGAAGGCAGGGCAGAGUGGUGUCUCUUUAAAGUCCAUCAGGCCGUGGAGAAAGCUCUCAUUGCAGCAGAAUACAAACAUAGUGGUAAACACACCACCGGCAGCUCGAUUUCAGCCACAGCAGCAAAAGUUUCCUGCUACCACCGUCAACUCAGGGACCUGCCUCAGAUUGUGGACGAACUGACGUCACUGGGAGUGGACGCCAAAAAGACUCAAUAUCCCAACUGUCAUCCAUAUCCCCACAUUCCUAAUGAGCGGUUCAGGUCGGAAAAUGGAGUACUAGCAGUGAACAAGGCCUCUGAGCUACUCGACAAAGUAGACGCGUAUAUAAAUUAGAUUGGAGUUCGAGCGAUAACUUUUCAGAUCUUGAUCAAUGCUAAAAUCUGAUGCUUUCUGGCUUUGUAAACCAUUUAUUUGUUUUGUAAUAAAACAUCAACAGUACAAUAGAGUUUAAUUAAAAAUGUAUCUUGAUUAUUCUAUUUCAAGACAGAAAACAAACAAAAAAAAAACAUUGGAUUCAUUUAUGAAAAGUCUAAUUUCAAAGCAUGUUUUAAAAAGCAGGAUAUUUCAGAGUAAUCACCCUUUUAACAUGUAUUUCAUAUUUUCUGUGCAGCUUUUCAGUGUCAAUGCACAUAUUGACUCUCACCAUUUCUUAUAUUAAUAUACUGUUUUAACAAGCAGGAUGGAACAAAUAUUGUAUACUGUAUUAUGUUUUUUGCUGUUUUUAUGUUGGGUAUUGUGAUGUUAUUUCAUUGUAAUUUUGAAUUUUUGCAUUUAUUUUUAUCUAUGUUUCAGUUCCGUUUUAUGAUUUUAUAACAUGUUUACACUAUAUUCCUGGAGGCGUUAUACUCCUAUCCAUUUAAUUUCAUGACCAAAUAUGUUUAUAGUAUAAUUUUUACGUGUUUUAAUUUUAGUUAGGAGUUAAUUAUUAAUGCUGUUAGACUCCACGUUAUAUUGUAUUAUAUUUACCUUAUCUAAAAUGUUCCUAAUUUUAGUUUUAUGUAUGCAUUUAUACCAUCUUGCCAAGCACAAGUAUAAAAGAAUUGUACUGUUGCUUUUCAAAAUAAUGAAACUACGGUGCCUAUAAACAAUGACCCAUUAUACAGUAUUGUGUGUUGGCUUGUUUUAGAUAUGCAACCGCAAAUUAAGUACUGUAACCUAACUGGAAUUGUUUUCUCUAUUUAUAAAUAUAUUUUAGUUGCCGUUAAUUGAGCUUUGACAAAAAACUUUAAAUAAAUAUUGCUCCCUUUACACAUGAAUCAUGUCCAACUGUGGUUUAUACAGAAAAAACAUUGAAUUUAAUUUUUUUUUCUUUUCUUCUUUUAUGUAAUGUAUUCAAGACUAAUUCAAAAAAAUAUUUCUGUCACACCAUGCUUUUUAGUAUGUCUUUGAGAACUAAAUUUCAAUUUACAUUUUUUCAACAUGUCUGAUAUAAUACUGACUUAAAUUAUGGAGUAAUAUUGUUAACCGUAAACAAUUCUGUUUAAUUGGUAGGGGUUGUAAUGAAAAGCCUUGUCAAGAAAAUGAACCUCUUUUUAUUUUAGGUUAAUCAGAUUUCUGCUCAUUUACAAUCAAUGUUUAGACCAAAUUUAGGCUUCACUCUUCUGGGUUUGCCUUGUUGGCUAUCAGUUUUAUAGACACCUUUAGUAAAAUAAAUAUACUCCAAACCAUGACGAAAAAAA